CUCCCGGAGCCGCACAUGGAGCAGCGCGGCUCGGCUGCCAGGUAUACCUCCGGCUGCACCACCUGGCCCGGGGAGGGGGAGGAGACAGGAGCGGGGCUGAGAAAAGUGAACCCUCCCAGUGGAUGCCCCCGCGCCAGAAACAGCGGCAGCAUUGGUCCCGCCGUGGGAAGCGGAGCGGAGCCAGCCCGGGAGAGGCAGCGCCUGCCGGCGAAGAAGGAGCCGCCUCGCCGCCCGGAGCCCGAAGUUGCGGGUGCCGUUCGGGGCGCGAUGCCGGGGCGCGGCGCGCUGCGCCUGGCGCUGCUGCUGCACGUCCUGCUGGGGCGCGGCUCGGCGCAGCAGCCCCGCAGCUGCCUGGCCCUCUGCGUGUGCUCCGAGCCGGCCAAGACGGUGAAGUGCGUGAACGGGAACCUGACGGCGGUGCCUCCCGACCUGCCGCCUUACGUGCGCACCCUCUUCAUCACCGGCAACCCCCUGGCCAGCCUGCCCGCCGCCGCGUUCUCCAACCAGCGCCUGCCCGACCUCGGCGCCCUCAACCUCAGCACCAACCACCUGCGCGCGGUGGAGGACGACGCCUUCGCCUCCCUGCCCGCCCUGCGGCAGCUGGACCUCAGCGGCAACCCCCUGGCGUCCCUCAGCCCGCUGGCUUUCGGGGGGGCUGGCAGCCCGCUGGAGGAGCUGGCCCUCCGCGGGUCCCUGCGCAACCACAGCACCCUCCACAACCUGACCACCCUGCUGCAGUCCGGGGUCCUGCGCAACCUCAGCCGCCUGGAGCUGGCCGACAACGGGCUGCUGCUGCUGCCCGCCAGCAUAUUCGCCGCCCUGCCUGCCCUGCGGCAGCUGGACCUCGGCAACAACUCCCUGGUGGGCCUGCGAAAUGUCUCUUUCCAGGGACUGGGCCAGCUGCAGAGCCUCAACCUCAGUGGCAACUCCCUGAGCGUGUUGAGGAACGGCACGCUAGCCCAGUUCCGCAGCCUGCCUGCCCUCCGGCGCAUCAGUCUGGCCCGCAACACUUGGGUCUGCGACUGCGCCAUCGAGGACAUGGUGGCUUGGCUCAAGGAGAGCGACCAGGUGGAGGGCAAAGAAGCCCUGACCUGUGCCUACCCUGACAAGAUGCUGGGCAAAGCCCUGCUGAAGAUCGACAGCUCGGACCUGGACUGCUCCACGCCCAUGGACCUGCCAUCCCAGCUACAGACUUCAUAUGUCUUCCUAGGGAUAGUCUUGGCUCUCAUUGGGGCCAUUUUCCUUCUGGUUUUGUAUUUGAACCGAAAAGGAAUCAAAAAGUGGAUGCACAACAUCAGAGAUGCCUGUAGGGAUCAUAUGGAGGGCUACCACUACAGAUAUGAGAUCAAUGCAGACCCCAGGUUAACAAACCUCAGCUCCAACUCGGAUGUCUGACAAAGCGCUGCGGACACAGGGCAGCGCACAGUAGCUAUGCAUGAAAAGUAGACUUACGCUUUACCCUCGUGCUUGCUUCCCUCUCCCUGGAGAAAUCUCAGAUGUGCUUGUAACAUGAUGGGGAUGUGCCUCCCUGUGACAUCAAGCUCAAUUUUGUUUUGAGAGACUGGGCAGCUGAGCAUGGCGUUGGGCUGUAUGUAGGAAACAAGCUGCUACUUCUUUUUCUCCUUACAUGUCUGUACAUGUGGGAAGUGUUUUUUCAAGAUCUCACAUGAAAAAAAGGAUUCUCUCUGAUGCUGCAAAGCCACCAGAGUUCACAAAAAAUUUACCAAUGCAGACACCAUUCAACAAAAGCUGCCUCAACUUUUUGGGAAAAAAAUGUUAUGUUCCUCUGUGCCACUUUUGAUCUUGUAUAUCUCAAUUAUGAUGACAACAAUUCCAUGUCAUAGACUACCUUGAGAUUUAAAAAAGACCCAAUGUAACUCCUUUUAACAGCUCCUCAGUCACAAGGAAGGAAGUCAAAUAGUGAGCAUGCACAAAUACUUUAAAGUUUUACAUGCUAGGAAACUUAUGAUCUCAGUAAGUCUCUGAAAAUUUUGUAAAGUUAUUUUUGAUUGCAGUUUAUGAGAAAAGAGAGGCUUUUUUUUAUACAAACUGCAUCUAAACUUUAUCUGAAUCGUUUAAUUGACAGUCUUAGAAGAACUGUUGUGUUAAAGUUUGCUGUUUGAUGAGAAAUGUAUGAACAUCUAAGAAUGUGGAUAGCUUUAUAGUAUCUCAAGUAAUAGCUGUGCAGUAGUAAUCUGAAUAAAAUUUUAUGCAAGCGUGUAGCUUAGAGACAUAAAUGUUUUACUAUUUUGUGAAAUAUCUUAGGAAAAUUACACUGAUCAACGAUGAGAGCAGUUUCACUUGGCACAAAAUCUCCAGUCUGCUUUCAAAGCAACUGCGAAAUGUCAAGACAGAUAUUAGGGUCUACUUUGCUGGGAAGGCACAAGCUGAUAGGAUUUAUUUAAGGUCUUCUUUACCAAAGUAAACCAAAAAAAAAAUCAUUCAAACUAAGUCGUGGAGUUUGUUGGCUAAAGAAAAUUUUACCUGAAUGGAAUUGUUUAUUAUAAAGAAAUAUAAUUCUGUGUCCUGAAUGAAAUUAAAUGCAGCUCAGUUGUGUAGUCAGCAAGCUUCAGGCUUGUAAAUCUAUGCAGCAUUUAAUAAGUGCUUACUGUUUCAUUUUAGGAUCUUGGUACUUGUGAAGUUCUGUAGUGAUCUACAUUGAGUAACUUGAUGGAACUUUACAUUUAUCUUAAAGCUUAUAAUAGGUGUAUUUCAGUAUUGUAUGUUACUUGUGCUUAUUACUUGCUCGGGAAUGCAUUUUCUCGUAAAUAGAUAAAGCAUGCAAAGAAAAAAUUCAAAAUGCAUCAUUUAAUAUGCAACUCUGACAUAUGAAAAGGUUAGCAAGAACCUUCCAAUGGCCACCACUAAAUAAUGUAUUUUUUCUAAUCAUGAAAUGAAUUAGGAUGGAUUUUUUUUUAAUGAAAAAAAUACACCAACUGUAAAAGCAUGUUGUGAAUUGGUAUCUAUCAGUAUGCCUGUGGAGGUUUUUUCAUGUUCACUGUUACUUGAAGCUCUCAAGCAUCUCUGGAAUUUUAUGAAUUACUGGCUAAUUCCCUUUACUUUCAAAAGUGACAGUUUUCUCAUAGAUAUACACCGUUAGUAAGAGCUCAUAGAUACAAAAUAGUUCUUAAAAUAUCAGAAGAAAUAUAAUCUAUUUUGGGCAUUAGUAUUAUUUAAAUGCAUUUUUCUCUCCUUGCAACUUCAGACAAAGCAAGUAGCACAAGUUGGUUCAGACUUAAUUUUUCUACUGCUUUAAAUUUGCUUUAUUUAAUAGUGGUUUUUUGAUGUAGUUUUCUACAUUUACCCUCAAAUUAAAAAAAAAAAUAAUCUUAAAUACAAUUAAUUUUUUGAUAAAUCAGUGUAUUUUACAGUUAAUGUAAGUUAAGCGAUAGCCUAUUUUUCCUGCUGUAAUUUAAAUGUAUGAGCAAUAUCUGGCUAGCAGCGUAUGAGUUAUAUUUGUGGAUUCUUAAAAAGCAGAGCGCAGGUCUAAAUGUUGGCUGGCUGUAUUUUUAAAACCCCGGUGUAAAUAACUAUUACUGUGCAACUAUGCAAACCAUUCAUACUUGGUAUACAUAAGGUAGUUUAUGUAAAAAGCUGAAAUUUGCAAUAGCUAUACAGUGUGCUUUGUUGUAUUGGUCGUUUCGGAGCUAAUCAACUUACACUUAUUUGUACAGUGCCAAGAGGAGUAGAGCGUCAUCUUUGCAUAAGAUGCUGCUGUAAUAUAAUACGUAAAAUAUGUACAAACCAAGCCACUUCUUGGGCAAUUUCAUGGAUUUUGUUAACGGAUACUUUAAAGUAACUACAGUAAAUGCAAUUAUCUAUAAUGUGUUAAUGUAACAGCCAUGCGUUUGUGGAGCUGUGUGAGUAUAGGCUACGGCUUUAAUGACAGUCUCUCACUAGUGGACUUAGUAUUUGUAUAGUGAGCAAGUGUAACUGCUGUAUUACACCUAUUAUUCUAAAGAAUUAUUAUUAUUAUUGUCUCAUAGAAAGUCAUUGUAAUAGAAUUUUAUUAGGGACCUGGUGAUGGCUACUUUAAUAUAAUUUUUUGCAUUUUGCUUACAUGUAUAUUUAUUAGGAUGUAACAGUUAGCAUGUCCCAGUAUUGUGUUGGAUAAAGUUCUCCUACAGUGUUUCAUCAGCAGUGAAUACUUCGUUUUUUUGUACGAUGCAUUUGAUCUUUAAUCCCCUUCCGUCAACAGUACUUGAAAUUGUUUUCCUUUUCUAUUACAAAAUAGUUGCAGUGGUACUCAGAAGACAUUUAAAAAAUAACUCCUAAAGUGCUUCAGAGCUUCGUUAAAAAGUAUACAUUUAAAAUGACAUUAGUUUAAGGGUUCUUCUGAAGCAUAUUUUAUAAUCUUACUCUGCUUUGACACCUGAAAUUUCAAUGGAUUACCAUUUCCAGAGGAGCUUAAUUGGCAAGGCUGGUUUAUUCAUUCGUUCUUCAAUAAAACACCUGCAGCACUAAAUGCCUCUAAAAUGUGUUUUGUAUGCAUAAACCCCCAGUGUUCUGCAUGACACAGUUGUCACUGGUGUUACAUAGAAAAAAAAUUAGACUAUAAGGUAGUGGGCAGAUCUUCAGGGAAGGCUAAGCAGCUGAAAGGCAAAAAGAAUGUUUUUUCCAAGGUUCGACUGCUUUCUUAAAACUAAUUUUAGUUGUAAUAAGCUUCAAGCUUUCUUAGAAGAGUAGCACAAGGAAUUGAAAUGGUUUUAAUAUGUUUUCCUUAAGUAUUUUGGAUAAGCACUGUUGCCAGGCGAGAAACAGAAAAUUCCUCAAGUCUUUCAUUAUCCAAGGUAGCUUUAUAUUAGAUCAUCUGACAUUUUUUGUUCUCAGCAUGCCAUAGUAUUACCAAUAAUUUUGACAUCCAAAAAGCAUUUUGAAGGUUUGCACAAGUGCUUUAAAUCUUUUCAUUCAGAGCAAUUUACCAUCUAAGCACUGGUGACAGUCCCCGGUGACAUGCCAGCUAGCAAAACAGUCUGUUCAGACCUGUAUUUGGUUGUUGACUGAGAUGUCACUGAAGACAGGCAUGGCAAAAUAUUCAAAAUCUGACUGCACUAGGAUCCCAACUCUCAUUAUUCUACCAGUGUUUUCCCUGUGGUAUGCUCUGCUCUUUAUGCAUCUGCAUAAUUUCUUUGCCUCUUUUUCUCAAGAAAUGCAUUAAAACGAAUAUAGUGAAUCUGCACAGGUAGAGAAAUUGGACUCACUGCACUUGUAUUUUGAAGUUUAGCAUCUUCAUUUUCCUUUAAGCUUUAAUAUGAAAAAGAGCAUUUGUCAAAGUGGACAGAAUGAAAAUUUGAUAUGCACUUUUUCUUUCUCUUUAGCACUGAAUGAUCAAGAAGAAACAUUCAUUCUCAGCAUAAGAUGAAGGAAAAUAGCAUUUGGUAAGAAAAACAUUUCAGUUUCAAGCUUCCAUAUGAGAUUUAUAUUCUAUGAGAGAAGGUUGAAGUGAGAAGAUUUUAAAGGAAACGGAGAUAUCCCUUUCUAAUGGGUCAGCGCUGGAAAUCGCAACACUAGCAAUAGGAACAAUUGAUGAUUGAUGAUUGUUGUGUUCUGGCCAUGUUUUUUUGGAUUACAGCUCUACUUUUUUCCUGUUGCUAUAAAUAGAAACAUUUUGCUGACAAGUGGAGUCACGUUCUGUAAUAUUUGUAAUGCAGGUGUUUCCACUGUGAGAUUUUUGUGGGUUAUAAUUGAAAAUUGAAUUUAAUUCAGCGUCUGCUGAUUUAAUAAUGACCAGAUUGGGCCCAUAACUUAAUGAUCCUUUAUUUGUAAAAAUGCUGCUCACUAGCUGCAAAGACCUUGGCUUGAAAUCAAGCACUGAAAGCCCACCAAGGAAGAGACAAAGCAGUCCAUUUGAGGCAUGUAACAUUUAUUAGAUAUUUCACAUGUGCUUAGAGAAAGAGACAAACCAUUUGAGAGCAGAGGAUCCUGUGCUGUUAGAGAAGUAAGUGUAUUCUGUGAACUUCCCUAGUCAAUACAGCAUCAGCAGAAAAGUGAUGCUUUGUACCAAUACAAUAAAUCUUACAGCAUCCCUUCCUGCCUUGAAAAAAACUGCACCAAGCAUUUAGAAGUAAGCAUACAGGUUUGGAAGAGCAGUAUGCCCUUAAAAAGGACUUCUGCUUUCUCAGUUGUAUACAUGUUGUAUACAUCCUUGGAAAACCUUGCUAUGCCAGAAGUCUUGUGUCAUAUAGGCAAAGAUUGAAAUCAGGCCUUGCAUGAAUAGACAAAGGGAACUGUUAAGAAAAUUAAAAUUGUACUUCAGACAGUGUGUCCGUGUUAAUAAUUUAAUACUUGCAAUUAUUUAUAUUUUUCAAACUAUUCACUAGAUAGCUUUUUCUUUUUGAUGAUAGACUAUAACAGAAUAACGGAUUUGUGUUUUCUGGUAAUAAUGCAUGAAAACAUCUGAAUAAGUUAGCAAUGUUGUUUGAGUACAUACAGUGAUGAAAAUGUUUCUUGUUUUCUGGAAUGUUUCAUUAUAUUAGAAAUUUUAGAUGUGCAAGAAACUGCUGUAACUUUUUCAGAUUGAAGUUUUAUUCCUUAAUUCAAAAUUAUUCUUGAAGAAAAAACACAAUAAAAUAUUUACCAGAUUGCUUAUAAAUGCUGUAUGCUUGCCCUGUUGAUUUAAUUACUGUAAAUCCCUACAGUUAUUGAGUCUUUUGCUAAAGGUGCACUAUUAUUCUUUAUAGCUUAAAUUGAUGGUUAUGCUGUGAAUUUGCAUGAUAGAAUAGUGAAAAAGCAAAUUCCAUGUUGAUUGCCUGGUUAAUUUCUUUAGAAAGAAAUUUGGUCAGUUGAAUAUAAGGAGUUGUAUUUUAUUAAUUCUUGUUAUUUUUUAAUUAAUAUUAUUUUUUUAAUUUGAUAGCUUUGGGGGUUUUAAUAUAUGUGGUAUUGAUUUUCAUGUUAGGUCUGGAUUCUAAAUUUAACAGUAAUGGAUUUCCAGGUUUUUAAUGACUAGAUCAAACUGUGUUUUAAAGUCUUUAAAUGCAUAUUUACAUACUGAAUUAUAGAGGCACUGUUAUUAUUGAUGGUAU